AUGCACUACUUCUCGCAGCUCUUCAACUACGAUCACCCGUGGUCGCACGUCGUCAUUGGCAUCUGGCACAAGUAUCCGAAUCAACACUGCAGCCAUGUGCUCAGCAUAGACGUCGUCGACCGCUCCGUCAACCCACAAACGGGCAUUAUCCGCACGGAACGGAUAAUGGGCUGCAAGCAAAAGACACCAACUUGGAUUGUGAAGUUCUUCGGCGGCUCCGAAGACGCGUUCGUGCGGGAAGUCUCAUUCAUCGACCCCGCAACGCAAACAGCGACGAUCACGUCCGUCAACCUCUCGCUCUCGCAAUUCGCGACGUGCAACGAAAGCAUCCGCUAUCAGCCCGCGCCAGGGAACAAGACUGCGUUCGUUCAGACGGCUGAGAUCCAGGCCCGGAUGGCGCUCUGGCGGUCUGCAGCGGACAGGCUGGAGAACUGGCUCGUGCAACGGUUCGAGCAGAACGCACAGCUGGGCAAGGCCGGCUUCUCGGACGUCCUCCGCCAGCUUUGGGAGCCUCGAGGGGAGCAGCGGCAGGCAUAG